AUGUCUAUGUAUAGACCAAUAGCUAAUUUCGGACACACCUUAUUUACGGGUAACUGGUAUUCUUCGCCAAACCUGUUUCAAAAAUUGCAAUCCAUGCAAGUCAAUGCCAUAGGAACAGUAAGAUGCAAUAGAAAAAAUAUGCCGAAAGAGCUAGCAACGAUAAAACUGAAAAAAUCAGAAGCUAUUUCACGAUCGUGCAUAGGUAUUUUAGCUGCAAAGUGUAAGGUCAAAAAAGGUACAUAUUUAUUGGCCACGAAACAUAAAAAAAUUGAAAUGAUGGAAGUGGAGAAGAAGAGACGGAAAAAUAAUAUCACUGUUACAAAGCUCAGUAUCGUGUUGGAGUAUAAUGAUGGCAUGGAUGGG